AUGUUGCUGGGUACGAUUUGUAAGAACAAGUGGUCCGUCAAAUCGAUUUCGACAAAAAAAUCAUCAUUUAAUGAAGUUUUGACGGACACAUUUGGUAGGAAACAUAAUUAUCUUCGAGUGUCGCUGACCGAACGUUGUAAUCUUAGAUGUGAAUAUUGUAUGCCAUUUAAAGGUGCAAAGCUGUCAGAACAGUCAAAGUUACUUUCGAAUAAUGAAAUAGUUCGUUUAGUAUCAUUAUUUGCCGAACAAGGGGUCGAUAAAAUUCGAAUUACAGGUGGAGAACCUACAGUUAAAAAGGAUAUUAUUCAAAUAGUUGAAUCACUCAGAGAUAUUAGAAAACUCAAAACGAUUGCGAUGACCACCAAUGGAUUGACUCUAACGAAGCAUUUGGUGAACCUCCAACGAGCUGGGUUGAACGCACUAAACGUCAGUUUAGACACGUUGCAAGAAAAUACGUAUGGAAACAUCACUAGAAGAGACGGUCGAUUGUUAAAAAGAGUGUUGGCAGGCAUCGAUCUGGCAUUACAGUUGGGAUUCAGUCCAGUUAAGGUGAACUGCGUGUUGAUGAAAGGAAUAAAUUUCGAUGAAUUAGGUGAUUUCGUAGAAAUGACCAGAGACAGAAAAAUCAAUUAUCGGUUUAUCGAGUUUAUGCCGUUUUCGAUGAACGAUUGGGAAGAAAAGCGAAUGGUACCUUAUAAAGAAGCAAUCCAAGAGAUCUUGAAGUCAUAUCCUAAUUUUGAGCCAUGUGAUAACGAGCCGAAUUCAACUUCAAAAAUGUAUCGGGUGCCUGGAUUUGCAGGCAGCAUUGGCUUUAUAUCGUCAAUGACCGAUGAUUACUGCGAUAGUUGUAACCGACUCAGAUUAAUGGCCGACGGAAACCUAAAGGCGUGCUUGUUUCAAAACAACGAAAUCAGUUUGAGGGAUCCACUUCGGGAAGGAGCUUCAGAUGAAGAACUAUUGGACAUCAUAUCGAAUGCAGUGAAAGAUAAAAAGCGGAAACAUGCUGUCGCUGACCGGACAAAAUCGGUGGCCACCGUGAUCAGCGGGGGACGUCUCGCCAGAAACGUUAGUAAGGCGUCCAUCGUCGGCCAUCACGCUAGAAACAUUUGGACGGGUAGCGGCAGCGGCGGCGGUGACGACCAGCCACGCCUGACGCACGUAGACGGGCGGUCGGGGGACGCGCGCAUGGUGGACGUUUCGGGAAAACGCGAAACUCGGAGGACGGCCACGGCGGUGGCUCAGGUCCGGUUGGACGCGACGGCCACCCGGCUAAUUGCCGAGGACGCGUGCAAAAAGGGUGACGUGUUGUCCGUGGCCAGGCUGGCGGGAAUAUGCGCGGCUAAGGCCACGUGGCAACUGAUACCGCUGUGCCACCAGAUCCGGUUGGACUCGGUGACGGUGGACGCCCGGCUAGACGAGCUCCGCUGUCGCGUCCACAUAACAGCCACGGCCGUCAGCACCGACCGGACGGGUGUCGAGAUGGAGUGCCUGACGGCGUGCUCAGUGGCAGCACUCACGGUUUACGACAUGUGCAAAGCUGUCAGCCGGGACAUGGUCAUCGAGCACGUCAAGCUCUUGUCCAAGACGGGUGGUAAAACCGAUUAUCGAGCAAAGGGCAACGACGAUGAUUAUAGCGCUAACGGUUGA